UUUUAGACACAGUUGACAGUAGAAUGCACCAAUUUUGCCGGCACGCUUGAUUGCAAAAUCUUACAACAGGUUUUCAGAUCUGGUGAUUUAAGGGUGUCACCUUAAAAUUCACAAGUUCCUGUGAUACUCAACGCAUCUCAAAAACGAUUGUAACGAUUAGGUCUGCAAAUCUAGUCAUUUCCCCGAAAAUAUUUGACUCGAUAUUUUUAAAAAGCAACUGCACGUGAUUUGACUGAGUCAACAUGAACGACGAUUGGGACGACGAGCCAACUACAGCGCCUAUUGCGGGUAGCAGUAGAUUUGCUAAAGACAGUGGCUUCAGGCCCGCGUUCAACAACAAUGAGGAAGGUGAAGAUGUCGGUGGUUGGGGGGAUGCAGAUGUUUCCACUAUGAAAAAUACCCGAGGUCGACACGCAGGCCAAGAUACAGAUGAUUGGGGUAACAGCAGAGGCAAUAAUGAUGAAUGGGGAGGAAACGAUGAGUGGGGCAACAGAAGCAGAGGCAGAGGAGGUGGAAGAGGUCGCGGUUCUGGCUUUGCUGGCAAUCGCGAUAGAUUUAAUGAUGAUAACGAUGGCUGGGGUGGUAGCAGCCAGAGCCUAAGAGGCAGUAGAGGCGGUCGAGGCAGGGCAGUCCGCGGCCGAGACACUUGGGGUGAAAAUGGGAGCGGCAUGGGCCGAGGCGGCGGAAGAGGACACGGAGAUUUUAACGCGGGUCAUCAUGCCGAAGAGAAACCACGGGAGAUUUACGUACCCGUAGAACGGGUCGGAGAUGACGAUCUCUUUACAACCACCAUCACUUCGGGUGUGAACUUCAUGAAAUUGACUGAUAUUGAGGUGAACGUUUCGGGGGAUAAAGUGCCCGAUCCGAUUACUUCGUUUGAAAAUUCCGGACUAAGACCACUUUUACUUGAAAAUGUGAAAAAGUCCGGCUACACCAAACCCACUCCGAUACAAAAAUAUGCCAUUCCAAUUAUUUCUAAUGGACGGGAUCUGAUGGGUUGUGCUCAAACCGGGUCGGGAAAAACGGCCGCCUUUCUGCUUCCUAUUAUAGAUAAAUUAAUGGAAGAACAGUCUUCACCGAUUACUGAGGGUUAUACAGCGCAACCCAAUGUAGUAAUUAUCUCUCCAACAAGAGAACUGGCCAUACAAAUUUACGAUCAAGCUCGAAAAUUUGCCUACAACACAAUUGUUAAGAUCGUUUUGUGCUACGGCGGCACAUCAGUUGUGCAUCAGAGAAAUCAGGUUACCAGGGGUUGCCACAUUUUGGUAGCCACUCCUGGGCGCAUCAAUGAUUUCGUCACACAUAAACACGUGUCUUUCGUAUCAUGCCAAUGUUUUAUCCUGGAUGAAGCUGAUCGCAUGCUGGACAUGGGUUUUCUGCCAAUGAUUGAGGAGAUGCUGGGCCACGAGACUAUGCCAUCUACGGGUACAAGACAGACGCUGAUGUUUUCUGCCACGUUCCCUGAAGAGAUUCAAUUUCUGGCCGGCAAAUUCUUAUACAAUUAUGUGUUUGUGGCUGUAGGUAUCGUGGGCAGCGCCUCAACUGACGUGGAACAACAUUUCCACAUGGUCUCAAAAUUCGACAAGAGACGCAAAUUGAUUGACAUGCUUCAAGAAUCGAACGGUAAAGAAAAAACAGUUGUGUUUGUGGAGACGAAGCGCAACGCAGACUUCCUGGCCACCAUGUUGAGCGAAAGCGACAUACAAGCGACCAGUAUUCACGGUGAUCGACUUCAGCGUGAGCGUGAACAGGCGCUGUGGGACUUCAAAAAGGGCAUAAGAAAUAUAUUGGUGGCAACCGGUGUUGCGGCCAGAGGUCUCGACAUCGAAGGCAUCCAGCAUGUGAUUAACUACGAUUUACCAAAGAGCAUCGACGAAUACGUGCACCGCAUCGGUAGAACGGGUCGUGUGGGAAAUCGCGGUAAGGCCACCAGUUUCUAUGAUCCGGACACCGAUUCCGGUCUGGCCGGGCCGCUGGGGAAGAUUUUGGAACAGGCCGACAUCACCGUUCCAGAUUUUCUGGGAAGAGGUGGAUUUGGCGGCGGAAAGUCGGAUGCGUUUGGUGGUAAGGAUGUCCGAGACGGCGACUUUGGUAAUGUUGAUGUUCAUGCCGUAAACGAUCCAUUUACCGAGGAAUGGUAAUACGUUAUUACCGAAGAUUUUGUUAAUUUAAGAAAUUUCAUUUUUAUUUUACGUGCUCGUGUAUAAUCGAGAAAAGAGAAAUUAUUUAUUUUGGUUUUGUUAAUUAUUUCGUAUGUUUUAUAUAUUUUUGAUAUGUUAUAAAGUCUGUUUUGUUAGAAAAACGAAAUUGUUAAGUUUCACGUUACGAAUCUGUGAUAUUUAUUUGUUAAUGAUAUGUUAUAUUGUAAACAAAUUUUGAAAAUAUUUGUAACAUAUGACAUUUCUUUAGUUUUGUAAUAAAAAGUUUUCUACAA